UCACAAGUCUGAAACUCAAACAAUGCCACGUCGGCCCACCAGCGUAUAGCCACACACGAGUCGGAAUGGAAAGUAGGGCAAAUAAGAAAAGAAACAGAGCGAGAGCGUGAACCCAACAAAAAGUAUUAUGUGGAGUUGCCUCCCUUCUCCCUUCUUCUUCCCCCAACUCCGCUGGAAGAGAAAAAUACACCUUCUUCUUCUCCCUCUGCUGACGGCCUAGCAGCCGCCAGCCCCUUCUUUCUUCCUACUUUUCUCGCUUCCCUCUCUGGGUUCCUCUUUUAUCUCCGCGAAGCUACUUCAGGCCCCAUUUCAGUUUCAGGUAUUCUCUCGCGCUUCGACUCUCAGCUCUCUUCUUCAUUGGGGUUCCAGCUGUUUUCUCUUUCCUCACCCCUGUUUCGUCAUUGUUAUGCUUAUUCGUACGUCUGAUCCCCGACUUGGGUUCUGCUGUGAUCUUCUUAGUUUCUGUUCAUACCCGGCGAAAUUUCCUGUCUUUGGCGUUGAUUUAGUCUAUUGAUUUGAAAAAAGAUUGUACCUUUAAAGUCGUGUGCCCACUGUCGAUUUGGGGGCGUGUCUAUUGCCUAUUGGACUGCAUUGUGGUGUUUUGGUUCAUGGUUGAUGUUGGCCAAGGACGGGAAGUGCUUCUCCGUUUGUUCAUUCCUGAGAUGUGUAGGUUUUUCCCUUUUCCGUUUGGUAUAUGGUUUAGUAUAUGGUCUGUUUGACAAUUGUUUUUGUGUCUUUUCCCCCCUUUCUGGGUGUGUUCGAAUAGAACUUAUAUGAUACACAGUCAUGGCAGCAGCGAGCGGGAAGUUAAUCAAAGCUCGCGAUUUGGAGUAGCAGAUCAUAUAUAUGCAUGUUUGUUCCUGCAGCAGCUUCGGUUGCUGUUUGGAGCUGGAAAAUUUGGUGGUUUUAGUGCUGUUCUGGAGAGUUUGGGGUAUUUUUAUAGACAGUCUUAAAUGUAUUUGAGAGGACUGUUUCAAGGAGUCCUUGGUGGUGACCUGCGAGUAAAAGCCUUUUCGGGUGUGGUAUAAACAGUGCCUUUGAAGCGGUAAGUUUGUUCUUCGUAUAUCUUGCUAUCAAGUGGUAAUUGUUUUAGUGGGUAUUCAUCUGCGCAAAAUUCCAGAAUGGUAGCUUUUUUUCUUUCUUGUCGCUGUACUUGUUUGUACUGAUUUCAUGCCGUGGAACUGUCUCCAUGAAUGCCAUAAGUAAAGGAUUGUUGUCAACAGGGACGUGAAAUGCUGAUUUUGAAAUCCUUGCCUACAUCAAAUCUUCCUGUCCAGCUUUGUCACAACACCUAUGAUAAUGACCUCACCGUCGUUCCUCCUUGUGCAGGUGGUCCUCUAAUUUAAAGUCAUGAUCCGUGCAAAGCAGUUAAGUAAUCUUUCCAGUACUGCAAGGUCCUUCUUUGUCAGUGGAUCACGUUGUGGAGCAGUAGAUGGUAGUUCAUGUACUUGUUCUGAAGAUGAAACUUGUAACUCAAAGGGGUUGCACACAAGGAGUAAUGGGUUGCUUGCCCAUAAGGCAUCCACCUUAGCAUCCAAAACCCUAGCAGGGCUAGAAGCUUCAGCCUCAAGAGACGCAGUUAAAUUAUUGGGUUCCAAGAAAGGUGACAAUGUUAAGGGCAGAAAUCCUCUCCCGCAGGUUGUCUCAUCUCCUGGUUCCUUUGUAAAGUCAGACGGUGCAACUUACGUAGAAAAUGGAGUUUCACAUUCUUCACCGCCUAUGUCCGACCAAUUUGUCAAAGUUGGUAUUGCUGCGGUUAGUUUUCUGUCUGAUAUGGUUAAUUACAAGAUCCCUAUGUCAGAUGGAAGUGGAAUAAAUUUGCCUCAAAAUUCUAUGAUUGAUUCCACCAGGCCAUGUUCCAAUGUAAAGUCAGUUCCUGUGAAAACUGUUAAGGCUGAGCAGUUUUCGAAAGUUUAUUCAAAAUCUUCAGAGGUAGCGGUGGGGUCAAGCACCUGUGACAGCUCUGCCCGUGCAAAGUGUAAAGGUGGUGACAGAGCAACUUCUGUUAGAAGCUUCAAACGAGGUUCUGCAGGUGAGCCUGCUUCCGCCAGUUCAUUAGAAACAAAGUACACCCCUUCUGAAACUUAUGACAAGAAGAAGACUGUAAAUCAGAGGCCGAGGACUCAACCAAAUAAGAGCAUACCAAAUUUCAAUGCCAAUGUACAUAAUCCUGAUGCAAAAGUGGGGCAGCCUGUCUCUUCAGGGUACAGAAAGUCAUAUAAAGAUGCUAGGGUGCCUGCAUCAAUGCCUUCUAUUGCCCGUCAUUCCUCAGGCAAUGGUCGUAUUGUGGAAAAUAUUUGCAGCAUACUGAGACAACUGGGAUGGAGUCCUGCAGCAGAGGCUGCUCUCGGAAAUCUUGAUUGUUCGAUGGAUGCUUAUCAAGCAAACCAAGUUCUGAAGCAACUACAGGAUCACACUGUUGCACAUGGCUUCUUUUAUUGGUUGAAAAGGAAACCGGGGUUCAAGCAUGAUGGUCAUACUUACACAACCAUGGUUGGUAUCCUCGGCCGGGCAAAGCAAUUCACUGCAAUCAACAAAUUGCUUGAUCAGAUGGUGAGGGAUGGAUGUCAGCCAAAUGUUGUGACAUAUAACCGCCUUAUUCACAGCUAUGGGCGAGCAAAUUAUCUGAAUGAAGCAGUUGAUGUGUUCGAUCAAAUGCAGAAGGAUGGAUGUGAACCCGAUCGUGUAACAUACUGCACCCUCAUAGAUAUACAUGCGAAAGCUGGGUAUCUCGAUUUUGCCAUGGAUAUGUAUGAAAGGAUGCAGGGAGCCGGACUUGCCCCCGACACAUUUACUUAUAGUGUGAUGAUAAAUUGCCUUGGAAAAGCUGGUCAUUUAGCUUCCGCUGACAAGCUGUUUUAUGAAAUGGUGGAACAUGGAUGCACUCCCAAUUUAGUGACCUACAAUAUCAUGAUUGCAUUGCAGGCAAAGGCGAGGAAUUAUGAAAGCGCCCUCAAGCUGUACCGAGACUUGCAGAGUGCAGGGUUCGAACCCGACAAAGUGACCUACAGCAUAGUAAUGGAAGCACUUGGACACCUGGGGUAUCUUGAUGAAGCUGAAGCAGUUUUCUCCGAAAUGAAACAGAGAAACUGGGUCCCGGAUGAGCCUGUGUAUGGUCUCCUAGUGGACUUAUGGGGAAAAUCUGGGAAUGUGGAGAAGGCAUGGGGUUGGUAUCAAGCCAUGCUUCAAACUGGACUCCGCCCGAACGUCCCCACUUGUAACUCACUCCUUAGUGCAUUCCUUAGAGUGCAUAGACUUGGUGAUGCUUAUAGCUUACUUGAGAGUAUGCUCGGUUUGGGAUUAAUCCCAUCUUCACAGACUUACACCUUACUCCUCAGCUGCUGUACAGAGGCACGUUCCCCAUAUGACAUGGGGUUCUGUUGUGACCUCAUGGCAACCACAGGCCAUCCUGCACAUCUGUUUCUGCUGUCCAUGCCUUCUGCUGGAGCUGAUGGUCAGAACGUGAGAGAUCAUGUUGGGAAGUUCUUGGAUAUGAUGCGGAGUGAAGACAGAGAGAGCAAGAGGGGGCUAGUUGAUGCUGUUGUAGAUUUCCUUCACAAGUCCGGUUUGAAGGAGGAAGCUGGGUUAGUGUGGGAGGUUGCUGCUCAGAAGAACGUGUACCCAGAUGCCGUUAGAGAGAAGAGCUCUUGUUAUUGGCUCAUCAACCUGCACGUGAUGUCUGAUGGGACUGCUGUCACGGCCUUGUCCAGGACGCUUGCAUGGUUCCGCCGCGAAAUGAUGUUGUCCGGGGUUGGACCGAGUCGGAUCGAUAUAGUGACCGGGUGGGGACGGAGGAGCAGGGUGACAGGUGCUUCGAUGGUGAGGCAGGCAGUGCAGGAGUUGCUGCACAUGUUCAGUUUCCCAUUCUUCACGGUGAAUGGCAACACAGGGUGUUUUGUUGGGUGUGGUGAGCCGCUUAAUAAGUGGCUGCUGCAAUCUUAUGUAGAGCGGAUGCAUUUGUUGUGAGUAAUUCUAUUUUACUUGCAGAAAGCGGACGCAGAUUUUGUCUAGCCAAGUUAGGGAAGAGGUUUCAGAGUGAGGGAUGAUGAUAAAGUUGGUAACAGAUUGUUUUUGGUGUACCUUUGAGAUAAGGUGGCAAGUUUGUUGCUAGGGUUUUGGUAGAGAGGGGAUGGAGCUCCAUGCCUUGUUGCAGGUUUAUUAUUAUUUAUAUGAUUACAAAACAAUAUUAUGUACUGUGGUGGUAAAUUUGUUUGUUCGUUUCCCAAAAGUGUUCAUCUAGUUGAGUAUAUACUAGUAAAGUGAAACAAAAGAAAGCAGCAUGUGUUUAGCCAGUGCUGGUGACUGGUGAGUGGCGAAGCAAGGAAGAGUGGGUUUUGGUUCUUCCUGUUGUUUCUUGCAUAUUUUGUGUCCAUAUCCAUAUCAGAAGGACAGAUUACUUAUAGCAAUAUAAUGGCGUGCAAUCAUAUGGAGAAAUGGCGUGUUGACUGCUGACCUCCACUUUAGCGCAACAUUGUUGCGAUGUAAGUUUCAGAGUCGUUAGGUCAAGUGGUCUGCAGUCAAGCAUGCAAUUGCCGAAAUUCAUUGGUGGGCGGGAUAUGCGCUAUCAACAAAAUUGGUCAAUCUGA